GAGCAGUGAGGAGCCUGUGCCACAGGGCACGGUGCCGGGCCCGGGCAUGGAGGAGGCAGGCCCCCAGCCGGGGCAGCCGGAGUCGCGCGUGGUGAGCACCACCCUGACCUGGCGGCAUCGGCCCCCCGCCCAGGAGGAGGUUCGGCACCGCUUCCACAAGGUCUCCCUGGUCUCACGCGGAGCGGGAGCCGCUUCCCAGGAGGAGUCCUACGCCUAUUCCUACCAGCGAGAGGAGGUCAAUGGCGUCACCACGUGUGAGGAAGAGACUGUGAACUCCCAGGGGGCCAAGGUCAGGGCCAGGGAGCGGCAGGAGCCCCCUGAGGACCUGGCUCCCGGUGACAAAAAGAAAUUUGUCAGCCAUGAGCCCAUCUUCUCCAAGAUGUACACGCCGCUCCCGAAGGAGAAGCGGCAGCAGGGGAAACUGAGGGAGGCCGGGGGCCAAGGCCACGGCGGCGCCCCCGUUCCUCAGGCCGAAAUGUCAAGGCUCAGCGUCCCUGCCGGGCCCCGGGAGGCCAGCCCUCACCCUGGCCUGGGCGCCUCCAGCGGGGUGGUCCGGGGCUCCGAGGAGCGGCGGGUGACUCGCACUGUGCGCACCACCACGGUGGUGGGGGGGCGUGUGGAGAGGCGGACCAGCAGCAGCAGCUCGCUAGUGAUCGGGCCCACUGGGCCCGAGGGGCUGCCGCGGGGCCGCCACGUGGCCCGAACUGUCCGGGCUGUUGUGGUGGGCCCCCGUCCUGAAGGCUCGCCCUCGCCCAGUCGGAGCCAGGCCCUGGAAAUCCUCACCAGCCUAGUGCCCUCUGAGCCCCUUCCCCCAAAAGCCAAGACCCUGAGGCAGAGUCGGCUUCCCCAGGCCGUCUCCAGGUUCCAAGGGCCUUCCUCAAGCCAGGUGGGAGUGCCGGAGACUCAGGAACAGCCGCCAGAAUUUGGGAAGGCUACCCAAGAAGAAAGUCCCCUCAGAGCUACCGGUGUCCUUGCGGAGGCCUGUUUGCCCAAAGAGAGGGAAGUACCGAGUACCAGACUGUCUGAGUCUGCAAUCAGCCCAACUCCUCUUGGGUUUCCUUCUCAGGGCCCCCCUGCCAGGACUUUAGUCCCCUCCUCCCCUGGGCCCCAGCACCCGAGCACUCUCCCUGUACCAGAGCUGCUCCCGCUGUGUCCUGGCCCCAGCGCCGAGCGCUCCCUGGAGUCUAGAAUAUCCCCGACCCCAUCGCAGAGGAAAAGUGAGGUUGUCCUGAGCCCUGGAGCUCCCCAGGACUCAUCCUCCAAGAGGACCGAGGUAGUCAUGAGUUCUGAAAUGCUUCUUGUACCAUUCCCCAAAAGGGACAAAGCUGUCCCAGAACUUAGACCUUCUCUUACCCCAUCACCCCAAAGGAAUGAAAUUGACCUGGGUUCUGGAGAACAUUCUGCCCCAUCUUCCACAAAAACGGAGCUUGUUCUAGACUCUGGAACCCCUCCCCUCCCAUCACCCCCAAAGACUGAACUUGUCUUGGGCCCUGGAACGCCUCUUGUUUCAUCCCUGAUGAAGACUGAGGUUGUCUCAGUUGCCAGAACUCAUCUCAUUCCAUCUCCAACAAAGACUGAGGCUGUCCCGGGCCCUGGAACCCCUCUCGUCCCACCCCCAGCAAAGACUGAGGCUGUCCCGGGCCCUGUUACCCUUCCUAUCCCACCCCCAGCAAAGACUGGGGCUGUCCCGGGCCCUGGAACCCCUCCCGUCCCACCCCCAGCAAAGACUGAGGCUGUCCCGGGCCCUGGAACCCCUCUCGUCCCACCCCCAACAAAGACUGAGGCUGUCCCGGGCCCUGGAACCCCUCUCGUCCCACCCCCAGCAAAGACUGAAGUCACGGCGGGGCCCCAAGACUCUCCUGCCCGAUUUCCCUUGGAGGCUGGGGCUUCCCUCCCGCUUGGGCCCUCACAGGCCCCUGCCAAGGAUGCAGCCAACCUGGAUUCUGUAGAAGAAGAAGAAGUAACUCUGGCCGCUGACCUGGAGCUCUUCUUGGACACUCUGCGGAACAUGGAGGCCCCCGAGAUCCUGCGCACCCACAGGCUGCCCCGGGCACCCCGCUCCUCCUACCUGGCCAUGUACGCCACGCUGCCUGCCAUCGAUGAGGACCAGGCUUCAAGUUGGGCUCCAGGACCUGGGCCCGAGCUCAGGGUGGAGCCGGAGCCGGAGCCGGAGCCGGAGCUGGAUGAGGAGCCCGAGAAUCCCUAUCUCAGUGACGAUGAGAAGCUUCAGCGGCGCCAGGAGAAGGCCAGCCCCGGGCCCGGAUUGCUCUGGGACACCCGACCCUCCCGGCAGACCCCGAAAGCCCGCUCCCCGCUGGACAUGAUGAAGCUGCACAUGGCUGAUGUUCAGGCAGGGGAGCUGGGCCCGCGGCGGGGGGCCGCUGGGACUCCUCCCUCCCGCCUGGAGGGCAGCCUCCUGUUUGGAGGAGGGGAAGUGGCGCUCCCCGGCACUCUGGGGGCCAAACUAUCUUCCCUGAGACCCCUCGUGUCCCCGGUCCUGGAGAAGGGUCCUGGACGCAUACCCCUGCUGUCCAGCCAAGGAAAGCCACAGGUGCAGGCUGAAAUCACGGGCUCCAUUCCACCUCCCGAAGGCAGGAGUUGGGAAGAGAAACCACAAGGAAAACUAAACAGCAGACCAGGAAAGAUCAUCCUCUUCUCGGAGCCCGACUGCCAGGGCCAAGCCCGGGAGGUCUGGGAUGAUGUCACUGAUGCCACAGGCUGGCUACCCCCUCCAGCUUCCCUGCGGGUGCUCCGUGGAGGGUGGCUGCUGUAUGAGAAGCCUGGAUUCCAGGGCCAGAAGCUGGUCCUCCCCGAGGGGAACACAGAGCUCCGGAUGUCAGGCCCAGCAGGGGCUCCUGUGACUGUGGGCUCCCUCAGGAGGAUUGUCCGGAAUUAUGUCAUCCCCGAGAUCAGCCUGUUCUCAAAGGAAGGCAACGAGGGUGUCCAGGUGAAGCUGACGGAAGCCUUGGAAGAUGCCCAGGGGCAGGGACAGCCCUUACUUGCCUCAUCUGUCACUGUCACUGCGGGAUGGUGGCUGCUCUACUCCAAGCCCUACUACGCCGGGGUUCCCUGCGUCCUGGAGCCUGGCAUCUACCCUUCCUGGGAAGCCUGGGGGGCUUCUGACCCUCACAUCAGCUCCCUGAAGCCUUUGAGACUGGGUUGUCCCACCGUGGAGAAGCCGGGGGAGCCCAAGGCCCUGGUGUACGAGGCCGCGGACUUCCAGGGCCACUGCUGGGAAGUGAGCCGAGACAUCUAUGACCUGAGGAGGCCGGAGGAUGGGCAGAGCCCCAGCUUGGCCACUGUGGGCUCCCUGCGUGUCCUUGGGGGCUGCUGGGUAGGCUAUGAGAAAGAAGGCUUCCGGGGACACCAGUACCUGCUGGAGGAAGGCGAGUACCCAGACUGGUCCCACUGGGGCGGCUAUGACGAAUCCCUGACCUCGCUGAGGGUCAUACGCACGGACUUUUCGGACCCGUCUGUGAUGCUGUUUGAGGCCGCAGACUUUGAGGGACAGAGUGUGGGGCUGAGCGAAGCACUGCCGGACGUGCAGCUGGCUGGCCACGGACUCACCACACAGGCCAUCCACGUGCUGAGUGGCGUGUGGGUGGCCUAUGAGCAGGUGGGCUUCUCUGGGGAGCAGUACAUACUCGAGAAGGGCGUGUACCGAAACUGCGAUGACUGGGGGGCCGGCAACAGCACCAUCACCUCCCUGCAGCCGAUUUUGCAGGUCGGGGAGCAGAACCUACACUUUGUCUCUAAGAUUCAGCUCUUCUCCGGACCUGACUUCCUUGGGGACCACAUCUCGUUUGAGGAUGACCAAGCCUCCUUACCUUCCUCCUUCCAGCCCCAGUCCUGUCGGGUUUACGGCGGCAGCUGGAUCCUGUUUGAGGAGCCGGGAUUUGAGGGGGAACAGCAUGUGCUCUCAGAGGGAGAGUUCCCAACCCUUACAGCCAUGGGCUGCCUGGCCUCCAGUGUCCUGCGCUCCCUGCGAAAGGUCCCCCUGCAUUUUUCAGAGCCAUCUAUCUUCCUCUAUGGGCUGGAGUGCUUCGAGGGAAAAGAGAUUGAGCUCAAUGGGGAAGUCCGGAGCCUUCAAGCAGAAGGCUUCAACAACCAUGUCCUGUCCAUCCGGAUCAAGGGGGGCGUCUGGGUGCUGUGUGAGCACAGCGAUUUCCGAGGUCGCCAGUGGCUGGUGGGAAGCACUGAGAUCACCAACUGGCUGACCUACAGCGGGACGCAGAGGAUUGGCUCUCUCUACCCAAUCAAGCAGCGCCGAGUUUAUUUCUACCUUUGGAACAAUGGCCUGGGCAGGUGGCUGGCGGUGCCCGAGGACGUGGAAGACAUGAAAGCUGGCAGGGUGGUGGUCUCGGAGGCCCGGGCUGGGGGCAGCUGUGUCUGGUACUAUGAAGAUGGACUGCUGAAGAACCAGGUGGCCCCAACGAUGAGCCUGCAGGUGAUCGGGCAGCCCAGCCCUGGGUCCAAGGUGGUGCUUUGGGCCGAGAGCCGCCAGCCCAGACAGACCUGGAGCAUUGACCCCUCUGGGCACAUCUGCAGUGAGAUGUUCGAGGACAAGAUCCUGGAUGUGAAGGGUGGCCGGGGCUAUGAUCGGGACCAUGCUGUGCUGUGGGACAGGACUGAGCACAGACCUUCUCAGAUCUGGGAUGUCCAAGUGCUCUGAGCUCCUUCAUCCCAGAGGACUGGGGGAGGGGGGUGGGAACGGGGCUCUGAACUGGGCCAGAUGUUUGUACAGAUAUUGUCUUUGUAACAUAAGAUGUUUUAUAAUGUC